UUUCUAAAUUCCAGUGUCAUCAUGCUGGCUCGGCUGCGGCUCGGAGCAGUGGUCGCAGCGUCAUUCGGCGCAGGCGUCGCUUGCAGCCAAGUCGACCAACCCACCGCUGCUGCUGCUGCUGGAUCGCUGCUUCAGUGGCGCUGGGCAUCCUCAGCCACCCAACAAAAUGCUGAUGCUGGUGAUGGUGAUGCUGGUGAUGGUGAUGCCGUGAGGAGUGGCGCGGGAAGGAGCAUGCGGUUUGGACUGCCGCAGGUCUACGCUGGAGAAGCCCCGAAGCAAGGACUGCCGCCGCUCCAAGUCAUGCGCUAUGGAUUUCCAGAUAUGGGGUCAAUCAAGUACCGCGAAGGCUAUAUCAUGUCGUACGAUCGCAGAAACAAGACGGCAAACUGGGUCUGCGAACACUUGAAUGCAGAGCGCCUGGCCGUGCAAGAGGCCAAACGAGACGGUAUGGCGUUCAAGGAGGACGACACCGACCCAGAGCUGUUCCGUGCUCGUCUGGCAGACUACCGUGGCAGUGGCUAUGAUCGUGGACACAUGGCGCCUGCUGGGAACUACAAGUGGAGCACCAAGGCCAUGGAAGACACCUUCUACUUGAGCAACAUGAGCAUGCAAGUUGGCAAAGGCUUCAAUCGCGACAAAUGGGAAGAGCUUGAAUCGUACGUGCGAAGCCUGACAAAGACCAAUCGAAACGUCUAUGUUUGCACGGGACCGCUGUAUCUGCCACGGCAAGAGGCGGAUGGAAACAUGUACGUGCGGUACAAGGUUGUCGGCCCAUCGCAAGUCGCUGUGCCCACGCACUUCUUCAAGGUCGCUGUGGUUGAAGCGCCCAAUGGCAACCUGACCAUCCAGUCGUGGGUGCUGCCCAACGAGGUCAUUCCAAACGAUACUCCAUUGACGUCCUUCAAGCGCCCGCUUGCUGAGAUUGAGCGAAGAGCCGGCUUUUUGCUGUACAACUCGAUUCCCGACAAGUACACUCGCGGUGUCUAGCAUUGAUUUUGAUGUCUGGUCGUUUUGCUUUGUCAGCGUUGUUUGCAUGCUUGUCGGCGUACACAGUUCUAACUUGAUCCAAUGAUCCCGAUCUGUUUCAAAUAAACUUUCCAGUCCAAC